GCGCCGUGGAGUGAGGCAGAUAACGCGCAGAGACAAGGACGGUACGAGCGAGAAGCAGAAAGAGGGGGUUAGACAGAGGAAGCGCAGCACCCGGCGGGACCAUCGAGAGGGAGAAACGGGCCGAGAGAAGGGUUGGUGGUGGAGGAGAAGAGAGGAAGGCUGCCUCCACCGCACGCUAUCUAGCACCUAGGCUCGCGUUGGACGUCGGUUGGAACGAACCGCCGCGCGCGUCCAAGUCGACCGUCUCUCUCUCUCCCCCACUCUCAUUCAAUCCCUCCCGUGCAGCUCCUCUCCGUUCUCUGCCAUCGUCCGUCAAGCGUCGCGCGAGACACACCGUCGUCGGUCGGUGCGCCGUGUGACAGCUCUCGCGCGCGCGCGCGAUUUUCUCGUCGUGUCGAUCGUCGUCGCGUCUCGUCCUCCUCGUUGUCGGCGUCGAAAAACCAGCCGCGGGACCGAGAGUAAUCGCGACAGACUCCGUGGCGACGAGCCGUGCGAGUGGCAUCCCACCGUCGUCGACACCGUCAUCAGCGGCGGCACCAUGGCGGACGAUCAAGACACGUGCGAGGAUUCCCUCGGGCCCGCCGACACCAACACCGUCUUCGGCAAGAAGCUGCGGGGCCGGAAGGGCGCCCUCAAGAAGAAGAAUGUCUACGUCGUCAAGAAUCACAGCUUCAUGCCGAGGUUCUUCAAGCAGCCCACUUUCUGCAGCCACUGCAAGGACUUCAUAUGGGGCUUCGGGAAACAGGGAUAUCAGUGCCAAGUCUGUAGUUUCGUCGUUCACAAGCGAUGUCACGAAUACGUGACCUUCACGUGUCCGGGAGCCGACAAGGGAGCCGACUCGGACGACACGCGGACGAAGCACCAUUUCAAGCAACACACCUACAACAGCCCCACCUUCUGUGACCACUGCGGUAGUCUUCUCUAUGGUGUCAUCCACCAGGGCAUGAAGUGCCAAGCAUGCGACAUGAACGUGCACAAGAGGUGCGAGGAGAGCGUGCCGAAUCUUUGCGGAUGCGAUCACACCGAAAGACGUGGUCGUAUACACCUGCACAUCACGACUUCCGGUAGCAAGCUCAGCAUAGAAGUGCGGGAGGGACGAAAUCUCAUUCCGAUGGAUCCGAACGGGCUGUCGGAUCCCUACGUUAAGCUGAAGCUAAUCCCGGACUCGGACAACGUGAAGAAGAAAACAAAGACAAUCAAGUCGUGCUUAAAUCCAGAAUGGAACGAGACAAUCAUCUUCGACCUCAAAUCCGAGGAUAAAGAUAGGCGGCUGCUGAUCGAGGUAUGGGAUUGGGAUCGAACGUCCAGGAACGACUUUAUGGGGUCCCUGUCCUUCGGCAUAUCGGAGCUUAUCAAAGCGCCCGCGAGCGGUUGGUUCAAGCUGCUCACCCAAGAGGAGGGAGAGUUCUACAAUGUACCUGUUCCUGAGGAGGGCGUUGACCUGGCCGAGCUUAAAACCAAAAUGCGGAAAACUUCGGUGACGAAGAAGACACACACGUCCCAGGACAAGGACGUGCCGCAUAACAUGGGCAAGAGCGAUCUGAUACGCGCCAGCGACUUCAACUUCCUGAUGGUACUCGGCAAGGGUAGCUUCGGCAAGGUAUUGCUGGCGGAGAGGAAAGGCACCGACGAACUGUACGCUAUCAAAAUCCUGAAGAAGGACAUCAUUAUUCAGGACGACGACGUGGAAUGCACGAUGGUCGAGAAACGCGUGCUCGCGCUGUCGAAUAAACCGCCCUUCCUGGUGCAGCUACAUUCUUGCUUCCAGACAAUGGACCGUCUGUACUUCGUGAUGGAAUACGUGAACGGCGGUGAUCUGAUGUACCAAAUACAGCAGUGUGGCAAAUUUAAAGAGCCGGUGGCAGUAUUUUAUUCGUCCGAGAUUGCGAUCGGCUUGUUCUACUUGCACUUGCGCGGCAUCGUCUAUCGCGACCUCAAGCUCGACAACGUCCUGCUGGAUCAGGACGGUCACAUCAAGAUCGCGGAUUUCGGUAUGUGCAAGGAAGGCAUCACCGGUGACAAGACCACCAAAACCUUCUGCGGCACGCCCGAUUACAUAGCGCCCGAGAUUAUCCUGUAUCAACCUUACGGCAAGUCUGUGGAUUGGUGGGCUUACGGUGUACUGUUGUACGAAAUGUUAGUGGGUCAGCCACCGUUUGACGGCGAGGACGAGGAUGAAUUGUUCUCCGCGAUCACGGACCACAAUGUCAGUUAUCCGAAAAGCCUGUCUAAAGAGGCCAAAGAAGUCUGUAAAGCGUUCCUCACGAAGAAUCCCAGCAAGAGACUGGGCUGCGGAAUGCGCGGCGAGGACGAUGUCCGAAGUCACGCGUUCUUCCGACGUAUCGACUGGGAGAAGAUUGAGAAUCGCGAGGUGCAGCCACCCUUCAAGCCCAAGAUCCAACAUCGUAAGGAUGUGAGUAACUUCGAUAAACAGUUCACCUCGGAGAAGACGGACCUCACUCCCACGGAUAAGCUGUUCAUGAUGAAUUUGGACCAGACGGAAUUUAUGGGUUUCUCCUUUCUCAAUCCUGAGUUUGUGCAACACGUCUAAGCGAAUACUUUCUCGUAACCACUUCAUUCUUCGUCGUUCAUCUUUCUCUUUAUCACUCAGGGCUCUCUCUCUNCUCUCUCUCUCUCUCUCUCUCUCUCUCUCUCUCUCUCUCUCAUUCUGUCUCUCUAUCUCUGAAUCUCGCUCUUAGCAUUCUCGUGAAAGUGUCGAAAGCGAGAAAACUUAAGGUACUGUCGUUUUCGAAUCUUGUUAAUAAGAGUUCAUGCGAGACUCUUUGAUGUAUUUCUAAGCAGUCGCGUGCGAUAAUCGUGUAUGUAUCACUACGCUAUAAGGGAGAAGAAAAUUAAGGAAGAAAGUAGGUGCUGAAGAUUCAUCCGCGGAUAAAUCCGCGAUAGCUGCCGCGAGGGAAGGACGAAAUCGACGGACGGAGAAAAUAGUAACGCGGAUAAAAAUGUUGCUUUUCUCGCACGGUGAAAAAAGAAGAAGAAGAAGAGGAGGAGGAAGAAGAAGAGGAAAAAAGUGCGGUGUGACCGGCGAGAAGGAAAAUCUCAAAAUCGAUGUCUUCGUUUUCUGCGUAUAUUAUUAUGCAUUUACUUCAGUAGUCUCUACUGUCGCCCCUUCCAGAGUAUAUAUAAUAUAUAUAUUGGACGAAAUGAAAGAAUGAAUAUAUGAUUAUAUAUACAUUAUAUAUACACAUACAG